AUGAAUCUGGAUCCAGUGCUCGGCUUACGAUUGUUAAUGUGGAGGAGGAGCUUUCUAGGAAACUUAUUGGUACUUCUGCCUAAGGUUGAAACUUGGUCCGGCAGGCUGAAGAUGCAAUGCAUGAAUGAAAUCAAUGCAAAACUAGAUGUCCUGCUUGUGUAUGCUGCACCCCUUCACCACAAGGUUCUUGCUGCAAAUGUUGUGCUACACCUUCAUCACCAAGUCGAAGUCAGUCUGAGAGAAGUUCUCCAUGAGAGACGUACACAAAUUGAUAUGGCAAUGAAAAUGAGUCUAAGUUAA